GACUCUGAGGGCGGAGGCGGCGGGGAAACAUGGCCGCGGCGGAGGCGGUGGAGACUCAGCUGAUGCUGGGAGUGGGUCUGAUCGAAAAAGACACAAAUGGAGAUACUCUGUGGGUCUGGUGUUAUCCUUCCACCACAGCUGAAUUAAGGGACAUGCUUUUGAGAAAAUGCUGCCUCACAGAUGAAAAUCAACAGCUUCACACCUUUGUAUACGGCCAGUAUAGAAGAUCAUGGUUUUAUGUCACAACAACUGAAGUUCCAGAUUCUUCUGUUCUACAAAAGGUGACUCAUUUUUCUAUUGUUCUGACUGCCAAAGAUUUUAAUCCCGAGAAGUAUGCUGCCUUUACUAGGAUAUUGUGCAGAAUGUACUUAAAACAUGGGAGUCCAGUUAAAAUGAUGGAAAGUUAUAUUGCAGUUCUUACAAAGGGGAUAUGUCAGAGUGAAGAAAAUGGCUCUUUCCUUAGCAAAGAUUUUGAUGCCCGAAAGGCAUACCUUGCAGGUUCCAUCAAAGAUGUAGUGUCUCAGUUUGGAAUGGAAACUGUCAUCUUAUAUACUGCUCUGAUGCUAAAGAAGAGAAUUGUGGUCUACCACCCUAGAAUAGAAGCUGUCCAGAAGUUUACAAGGACUCUGCCUGCCUUGGUAUGGCAUCGACAGGACUGGUCGAUUCUUCAUUCAUACGUGCACCUUAAUGCUGAUGAAUUGGAAGCACUGAAGAUUUGCACAGGUUAUAUUGCUGGAUUUGUGGACCCUGAGGUGAGCAACAGACCUGAUCUUUAUGAUGUGUUUGUGAAUCUGGAAGAUAGUGAGAUUACAGUUUCUCAACCUGCAAAAGAAGCCAUGACAAUGGGGAAACUACACAAAGAAAUCGGGCAACUAAUUGUUCAGUCUGCAGAAGACCCAGAAAAGUCAGACAGCCAAGUGAUUAAGGAUGUUUCACUUAAAACAAGAGAAAUCUUGGCCAAUCUGGCAUCAUUUGCAGAAGUUUCUGAUGAUGGAGAGAAACCAAAACUCAGCUUUGAGGCACUGAAACAAAAACGAUUUCCACCAGCUACGGAAAAUUUUCUGUGUCAUCUUGCAGCUGCUGAACAAAUGCUUAAAAUCUGAUUUCACGAUAGAUUGUAUAGCUGGUGGUCAGUACAAAGCUCUUCUUUACUGUGAUGCUCCACUAAUGUCAAAUUCUAAAAGUAGCAAAGGAAAAAGUUCUAUUUUUAAUGAUUUAUUUGAAGGUUUUGACAUUUGAUUUGUAAUACACUGAUGCACCUCUG